CUUACUACUGUGAAUAUAACACCGUACUUGGUUGGCUCGAGUCCCACUUUAUUGUUUUUACAUCUAAUGUUCAUGUUUUUCGGUCAGGACUAUGGUCACACUGUAGUUUGGUAGCCACCGCCAGGCAGAGAGGAUGAGUCGCUUUCUGAACGUCCUGCGGAGCUGGUUGGUGAUGGUGUCCGUCAUCGCGAUGGGAAACACCGUGCAGAGUUUCAGGGAUCACAGCUUCCUGUCCGAGAAGCUCUACACAGGCACGCCGGAGUUUGUGAAUGGUCUCCAAGCUCGAACAUUUGGUAUUUGGACACUGCUGUCAUCGAUCAUUCGCUGUGCCUGUGCCAUUGAUAUCCAGAACAGGACGCUGUAUCACAUCACAUUAUGGACGUUUGUGUUGGCGUUGGGGCACUUCCUGUCUGAAGCCUUCAUCUACAAAACUGCGCCUCUGACUAUCGGAGUCAUGGCACCUCUCAUUGUGGCAAGUUUCUCUGUCAUAGGAAUGCUGAUUGGAUUCCAGUGUAUUCCAGAGACACAAGAAGAUGUCGGAGCACGACAAAAGAAACGCAACUGAAUCUCAGUAGUUUGGGUUUUUGUUGUCCAUUGACCCCCACCACCACCAACACCAGACAACUGUGGAGUGGACUGGUCCUAGUGUGCUGCCUUUUGCCCUGAAGAACAUGAGAUCUGGAUAUACUUUCAAUUUCCUAUUGUGGCACUUUCUAAAGACUAAAUACAUCUCUACUUUGAUGUAUUUCAUGGUUUUUAACUGAACAUUUUACAACUGACAGUACAACUAUAACAUGUUUGACAGAGUCCCUUCUAAUGAAUGGCCAUGUCACAGUACAGUGACUGAUACAUGCUGGUUUGUAAUUACUUCAUUUUCAAGUGAGCAAUAACAUGGAAUUUUGAUGUCAAUCACAGCAAAACGUUAUACGUUCCUAACUGAAACUUGUCAGUGCUGAGUGAUGCUCAUCCAGAUGUGUUUCCAAACUCAAUUUGUAUCCAUACAGAUAAAUUGAGUUUAAAGUGUGUGGUUAUGACUGUGGUGUUGCUGAGUGAAAUGAUUACAGAAAUAAUCCACAACAGAUUUCUCUCAGAAUGUUGAUUGAUUUAUUUCACCAGACUUUCAUUUCCUAUUCAUUUUUCAAGAGUUACUAAACAAACUGAGAUGAAUAUACAGUAUAAAACUAUGCUCUUCAUUACAAAGUAUCACAAAUACUUAUAUCAGCAAUUGUUCUUAAUGUUCAUCCAGUGCUGUGACAGCUUGUCCACCCUUUGAAUUUAUGCACAAUUAUUGUCUGAUAAAACCUUUUUAAAAAUGACAUGAUUUGAUUUUUGACAUUUUCUAUACAGUAAUAAUCAAUUGAGAUGUAUUUAUCAACUUAGAAAAAAGAAAAUAAGUUGUGAGAAGUAUGCAGGCGUCUUGUUUCUAAAGGAUGUAAUUGUGUCUUUGCAUUAUUUUUAAUAAACCUUUAAUAUCA